AUGAUUACAAACUCAUUUACUAAUAAUUUUCAAUUUAUUAAAGAUACGGGUAUUUUAAAAGAUUUUCCAUUAUCAGUUAAGAGAAUAUUAGUAUUUCAAACAGUUAAUUUUUUAUUGGAGCCACCAAAUGGCAAUACACAAUUUAUAGUAACAAGUAAAGAACAUUUACAAUGGAUUAUGGAAAUUACAGAACAAGGUUUCCUUUUACCAAUUGAAGAUUCUCAAAUCAUCUUACAAUGUAUUGAAUUAUAUAAGAAAUGGUUAUUUGAUCCAAAACAUAAACCAACACCAUUAAUUGAUGAUGAUGAUGAAUAUUUUCAUAAGAAAAUUAUUGAACAUUUAACUUUAAUUUUUCAACCAAGAUCAUAUCCACAUUAUAUUAGUAUGAGUAAUAAUAAUAGUAAUAAUAAUAGUAAUAAUAGUAAUAUUAAUAUUAAUAAUAAUAAUAAUAAUAAUAAUAAUAAUAAUAAUAAUAAUAAUAAUAAUAAUAAUAAUAAUAAUAAUAAUAAUAGUAAUAAUACAAAUAGCGGCAGUAAUAAUAAAGAAUCAAGUAAUAAUAAUUCACCAAUAUUAUCAAGUUCAAAUUCAGGAUCAGGUAGUAGUUUAAGUUUAAAUAAAGAUAAAGAAGGUGGUGGUAGUAAUAGUGGAAGUUUUUUAGGUGUAAAUCAACAAUCAUCACCACCACCUCAACAAAUAUCUGCAACAACAACAGCAGCAACAUCACCAACAACACCAACAACACCAAUUAAAGAUACAUUACAACAACAAUUUUUACAACAAGAGGUUGGUGGAUUUAAUGAAGUAGUACAACAACAACAACAACAACAACAACAACAACAACAACAACAACAACAACAACAACAACAACAACAACAACAACAAUCACCAUCAAUAACAACUGGUACAGUUAAAGGAUCAAAAUAUAGAGAAUCAGUUAUGCCAGGAUCAUCAAUGAUGGUACAAUCAUCAACAACAGCUUUAUAUAGUUCAAAUAAUUAUAGUGGUAAUGUACAAUUACCAAAUAUUUCAGUUAAAGAAUUAAUUGAUAGUCAUUCAGUAUUAUGUCAAAAAGUAUUACAAAUCUAUUUGGAGAUGUCACGUGGUACAUAUUCACGUUCAUUCUCAACCGAUACAUUGGAGCAUUGGAAUCGAUUGAUGUUAUCAAUUACCGAUUGUAUACUUGGUAUUCAUUCCAAUAGUGAUGAAAUGUUGGCACGUAAUUUAUGUCCAUUACUUUUGAAGACAUUAUUUGAAGUUUGGUUACAAUCUAAAACUUUGAAUCCAACCCUAUGGAAUUCACUCACAAAGUAUGCUCAAGGCUGGUUCCACCAUAUGCCAACUGUCAAUCAAUGGAAUUUGACAUGUUUGGCAUUGACAACUCCAUUGGUGCAAUCAAUAUACACCAAUGAUCAUCAGUCUAAAUCAACCAUAACCAUUAGAUUGGAUGAAACAAGUAUUGAAUUUGAAAAAGAGUAUCUAUACUAUGCAUGGAAUCGUAUACUAAACUUGAUUGGUAACCCAAAUCAAAUUAAAAGUCCUGCAAUCUUCUCAGAGGCAAUCACUGGUAUCUUUCAUUUGGUUUCAAUGUUUUUAUCAGUAACCAAUGAUGGUAAUGCCAUUUUACACAUUUUCGGCUCAUGGAUUUUCGAAGCUGUUAAAACUAUCAAACCAGGCUUUGAUGAAGGUAUUUCAUUGGGUAGUGAAAUUCUAUUACAUAUUUUCCUAUCUUGUUCAAGAAAAAUAGAAUUCCUUCCAAUUUAUCUAAGUUGUUUCUACACUUGUAUCAGUGAAGCACUUUGGUGUGAUGGUAAAAUACUUAGAGACACAAUCAUUCAUUCUCAAAAUAUUUUCAGUUCAGGUUUACCAGGUUCAAGAAUACUCAUUCCAUCCUACAUUCGUGCACUCAAUCAUAUUUUAACCGCUCAAGGUACAAAUGAUCCAGAGUUACGUAGAUGUGCUAUAAAAAUAUUGGGUUCAAUACUUUGUUUACCAAAUCGUUAUGAAACUGUUAAAUUUCAUAAUUUCUUCCCUGGUCGUACGAUUGACCCAUAUCCACCAUUACCAAAUGAUAUCAUCGAUGGUAAACAUAAUGAAUUAACACUACCACCAAAUGAAAUCAAUACCUAUGACGAUUUAAAACCACAUUUAGCUUAUUUAAUUCUCUCUGCAUUAAAUACUGAAAUGUCCUCUUCAAAUUUGUUGACUUUAAUUUGGUACAUUAUGUUCUACCAAUUGGAGUACCAACAUCAACAUGUCAAACCUUAUCCAGAUGGUAAAUUAAUCACUUCCUCUUUCAUUCAUCAAAGUAUUAAUACAAUCUUAAAGAAAUGUUCUUCAUUUACAAAUCAAUGGUCUCAUGAUGUAAUCUUAAGUUCUUUCCAAUUGUUAUCAGAUUUGGCUAGUCAACAUCAAAGAAUUCCAAACUUUUUAGAGAAUGCAAGUACCGUAGUAAGAAAGCUAUGUAAAUUUAUCACUUUCAAAUGUAAAGAAACUAAUAUGUCCCCUGAAACUGAAGAUUUAAUUUCAUUGGGUUGUUCAACUAUCGCUGAUUGGGUUGUUGUAAGCCCUUGGAUUUUCGAAGGCAAUUAUUUAACUGAUACAAGUACUUUCUAUAUGGUUUUCAAUGCUUUGUCAGUUGCAAUGGGUGCAAAGAGUCCAAAUGAUAUUAUCUCUUCAAAUGCUUCAAUUUCAUCUUCAGUUUCAAAUACUGGUAUCUCUUCAAUUGGUGGUGGUGGUAGUAGUGGUAGUGGUAAUUCCUCACAACCAUCCUCUACUGGUAGUGGCAGUGGUGGUGUUGAUAGUGGUAGUAAAUCAAACUCCUCCUCCUCCUCCUCCUCACAACCAUCUUCAACUGGUGGUAGUGGUAAUAAUAGUAAUAGUGCCAAUGGUGGUUCAUUUAAAAGACCAAAACCAUAUAUUAAUAAUAACAUUUCACCAAAAGUUAAAGAAGUUGCACAAUGUGCUCUUAAAGCAAUUAUGAGUAAAAUUAGUUAUUUCCCAAAUCCAUAUAAUGCUACACCAACCAAUACCUCAUCAAAAGUAACCGAAUCUGAUAUCAUUACACAAAUUAAAGCAAAAGCAGAGAAACAUUUAGGUAUAAAGAAUUUCCCAUCUGAACAAAGUUUACGUUUCUAUGCAAUUGGUGAUUCAAUCAUUAUCACUGUCAUUGAUCAACCAUUCACUUCAACUAGUUCAAGUCCAUCCGAUAGUUAUGUUACAUUAAUUAUUCGUGAUAUGUCUGGUAAAUCAGUUAUAAAUUCACAAUUAGCUUUCUUACCAUUUAAACAAAGAGAAAUUAGUGAAAUUCAACAACCAAUUACAAAUGAAAAAGAAUCACAAAUUGAUGAUGGUGAUGAUUCAGUUCCAACUAAUACUACUGCUACUACUAUUGAUAAUACUAUUUCAAAUAAUAAUACUACUACAACAUCAAAUAACAGUAUAAAAUCAACAUCAAAUAAUAAAGUACCAAUUAAAAAGAGAUCACAAUAUAAUUGUAAUGAAGAACCAUUUAUAUCAUCUUAUAUUGAAAAUGUUGAAGAUUUUGGAGAUUUAUCAUCAUAUAUUGAAAAACAUAUUGAUGAAAAUUUCACAAAAUUAAUUGAUAAUCAAAUGGAAGUUGAAAAACAAAAACUUUUUGCAAAUAAAUAUUCACUUACUCCAUCAAUUACAACACAUCCACCAGUUUUAAAAACUUCAUUCAAUGGUGAUUGUAAAUUACAACAAGCUCGUAUUCUAUUGACACAUUUAGGUUUCUUAAAUCAAGAGAAUAGAAAUAAAUUGACACCAUUGGAGAAUAGUGUUCAAUUUUUCCAAUCUUUAAAUAUGUUGGAUAGUGUCUCUGAAAGAGUUCAAAUUAAAAUACCAAUUAUCUAUGUGAAAAAGGGUGACUCAACCGAAGACGAUAUCUAUAAUAAUGUCACUAGUAAUACUACUCAAGAUUAUCAAGAUUUCAUUGCAUCACUUGGUUGGUUAGUACCAAUUUCAACUCAUACUGGUUUCUUGGGUGAUUUAGAUAAAAAGAAUCUUACUCAUGGUCAAUUUACACCAUACUAUGCAACUCAUUCACGUGAAAUGGUAUUCUUUGUUUCAACAAUGAUGCCAAAUUCUGAUAUUGCAAAUAAUAGUUCUCAAGAACAUAAGAAAAAACUUAUAAACAAAACAAACGUAUCAGUCAUUUGGUUCAAUGGUUCAAUUGAAGUCUAUGAAAAGACAUUAUUGGAAACUUUCCCACACGCAAUUCAAAUUGUCAUUACACCACUUGAAAAUGAUCUAUUCCGUUUGAAAACACUCAGAAAAGCUACUCAUAGUAAUCGUAUGAAAACUGGUCCUGUCAAUGAUGAAAUUAUCAUUAGUAAACAUAUACUUGCCAAUGUCAUUAGAUUAUCAGUGGUCAAUUCAAAUCAAUCCCUAUUGAAUCUUAGUUCUGGUGAUGGUAAAACUCAACAUAUAUAUACCAAUCGUAAGAAACUUAUCUCUGAUAUCACUGAAAGUUUCAAGCAUGAUAUGACCAUUCAAAAAUUCUAUGAAUUCCAUUUCGAACCUUUGGAUCAAUCACAACUCUAUCAAAAUACUGAAAAUCUACCAAUGGCAAAUAACUUUAAAUUCGUUAAAACCUCUUCAGUUAAUCUUUUCAGAAAAGAUAGAACUCAAUCAGCUUUAAUUGGUACUUUCACUUUACCUCCUCCACCAAUUUCUCCAACCAUAUCUCCACAACCUUCUCCACAUCUUUCAAGUAGUGGUGGUAGUUGGGCAAGUAGUAAAGGUGGUUCUACUCAACCAACAACUCCAUCUGGUAGAACUAGUAAUUUCUUAUCAAGACGUCCAAAUUUAUCUCAAUCUGAAGAUCAAUCUCAUAAAUAA